AAUGGCUACGGCUGGAAAGCGAGGUCAAAGUCCCCCUCGUAUUUCCUGGAUGGUGGAAGAGAUGUCUGGACCCCAUCCCCAGACAGGGAGUCCAAGCUGGAGGUGGUGAGGUCGGGAAGCCUGUAUGACCUCAGGGCUUACAGAGGUGAGACGAAACCCUCGAAGCUUUAUGAUGAGGAUGAGCCAGAGCAGGACAGGGUCCCUCCACCACACAUCUCACCCGAGAAAGCCCGGGAACUUGCGGAUGAGAGGAGGGAGGUCAUCCGGAGCCAGGUGAUGAGGAAGAGCUCCACCAUGGCUGAGAGGUGGAGCUCCAUGGAUGAGCUGAGCUCCAUCAACGCCGGCGAAGGCAGGCGCACCGGCAGCUUCACCACCAGCUUCGCCGUGUGCUUUGACAAGCCUUCCUCGGGGAGGACAGCGACGCCAGUCGACCCCGAAAGCGUCGAUACGGAGCAGAUCAACUUCUCUGCUGCUCGGCAGCAGUUCCUGAUGCUGGAGAAGAACAGCCCGGGCUCUUUUUUCAGCCCAGGGCAACAGGCCAUGUCUCCUAAGCCAGAGUCAGCAACAAAAGUCUCCAGGCAGGAGUGGCGUAGCCCUGAGAGGGCCACGAAGGCUGCGAGAGGUCACGGCAAUGCCAGCGAACCCAGCCAGGGUGGGACAGACGAGACCGUUUAUCAGGUUUAUAGUGUGUCCUACAAGAUGCCUGUGAAGGAGGCGGUUUAUGCUCCCGGAAGGUCGUAUCCCACUGGGAAAACAUCCAGCUUGACUAAAGCAUCUUCUAGAGAGGACCUGGACUCUGGCUUGGGUGAGAUGUAUAACGAAGCCCAUGCAGGCUACACCAGCAACAGCAGCACAUCCAGCGAGAUCGUCAAUGGCCUUGGGGAUCUGAGGGCUGGCAGCGACAGCCUGGCCAAGGAAACGAAGAUCAGCAAGGAGACACCCAUCGAGCGGGAGAUCCGCAUGGCGAUGGAGAGGGAGGAGAACCUCUGGAAGGAGAGGGGGAUCCAGCGGCUGGACUCCGGCAGCGACGGCAGCGAGCUGGUGGAGAUCCAGACCAAGCCUGUCCUCUCCCUGCACAGCUCUCCGGGGCCGGGCAGGAAAGGGAAGGACAAAGGCCGCGCUUCCCUUUACGUCCAGAGGGAAAUCGAGCAGGAAACCAAGCGCGAGGAGGAUCUGAAGAGGCAAGGGAGGCUGCUGGGGACAUAUGACAGGGGGACACAUCAGGAGCUGGACGAGCGCAGGAGGGUGUUCGAACACGAGAAGAGCCAGGACCAGCCCCCAGUGUCCCAGCACAUUUCCGCCAGCGCCAGCAAAUGGGGGAGUGAGGAUUCCUGGGGAGGAAGGCUUCCCAGCUCCACCCCGAGCCCCGCCGGCACAACUGUCCUGCCCAGAGAGUACUUCUCGUUCUCCUUCUGGAAGCCCAAGGUCUCCUUCGUGGACGACAUGGGGACGCAGAGCCCGCUG